ACUUUCCAUUAGAGGCGCUAGUGAAACGCGCUCGACAAGUAUUUACCGCAUGGUUCGGCGUCAUUUGUUUGGUUAGGUUUAAUAUUUCAGAUGUUUAAACAAAUCCUGUCAUACAAUAAGGAGAAUCAUGGUACGACAUAAUAAUCAACUUCCUAAUAAUCUCCCACAACUGCAGAAUCUUAUUAAACGAGAUCCAGAAUCAUAUAAAGAAGAGUUCGUACAGCAAUAUCAUCACUAUAAAUCCACAUUGGAUGUAUUCCGUUUAACGCCCGAUAAACUUAACAAAACUCUCGAUGAGCUAGUAAUGUUUCUGGCCCAGGUGGCCCACUGUUAUUCAGACAUUCUAGUGACAUAUCCACAAGAACUAGUCGACAUAUUGCAGACACACAAUACCAUUCUUGACAGUGAAAUGCGAAUGACUUUUUGCCGAGCCCUUAUUUUGCUACGUAACAAAGGACUUUUGGAACCAACAGCACUUUUGAGUUUGUUCUUCCAGUUGCUUCGAUGCCAAGAUAAGGCACUGCGUCAGUUUCUCGAAACUCAUAUCAUCACAGACAUAAAGAAUGUUAAUGUAAAACACAAGAACACCAAAGUGAAUACCGCCUUGCAGAAUUUUAUGUUUACGAUGCUGAAAGACAGCAAUAAAAGGGCUGCUAAGAUGUCAGUCGACAUCAUGAUAGAAUUGUAUAAGAAAAACGUGUGGAAUGAUGCGAAAACUGUCAACGUUAUUGCAAUGGGUUGUCUUUCUAAAAUAACGAAAGUCAUGGUAGCUAGUUUGACAUUUUUCUUGGGAACCAAUAAGGAGGAAGAGAACAGUGAUGACAGUGAUAGCGACGAUGAACCCAACCUCAAAGAAGUCGUGAUGGCUAAUAAAGUGAACAAGAAAACUAAGAAGAGAGAGAAGCAACUAAAAAAGGCUAAGCAAUUAUUUGCAAAAAUGAAAAAGAAAAAAUCGAAGGCGCCUCAGUUCAAUUUUUCGGCGUUGCAUUUAAUCCACGAUCCGCAGGGAUUUGCGGAAAAAUUGUUUAAACAGAUGGAGAAGAAUAACGACAGGUUCGAGAUCAAGCUUUUGACUUUGGAUGUAAUCUCCAGACUCAUUGGCUUGCACAAUUUAUUUCUCCUUAACUUUUAUCCUUAUUUGCAGAGAUUUCUGCAACCGCAUCAAAGAGAGGUAACAAAACUGCUGCAAUUCGUAGCACAAGCAUCUCAUGAAUUAGUUCCUCCAGACGUACUGGAACCUGUUCUGAAAACAUUGGUGAACAAUUUCGUUACGGAGAGAAACUCUGGGGAUGUCAUGGCAAUCGGAUUGAACACAGUUCGUGAAAUUUGCUCCCGAUGCCCACUGGUGAUGAACGAAGACCUGCUGCGGGAUCUAGUGCAAUACAAAAGCUACAAAGAGAGGAGUGUCAUGAUGGCAGCUAGGUCAUUGAUUGCACUGUUUCGAAAUACAAUGCCAGAUAUGCUUCACAAGAAAGACAGAGGGAGACCUACGGAAGUCUCCGUUGCUUUGGAACCUCUGAGGUACGGUGAUGUGAAUGCGAAAGAAUUUGUACCGGGGGCUGAAAUUUUGUUAGAAAAUGAACAGAACGACGAUGAGUCUGACAACAAUAACAGUGACGAUGAAGAUGAUUGGAUUGAUGUCAGUCACAGCAGUGACGAAGAGAAUGAAGACUGGGUAACCGAUAGCGAAGAUGAAGAAGAAGAAGACAUUGACAGUGAAUCCGAUGAUGAGCAUGAGGUCGAAGACGAACAAAGUGGUGAUGUUUCUGUGCGAAAUGAGAAAGAGAAUAAGAAAAAGGAAGAAGACGAGGAUAAUAAUGAGGAGAAAAAUACUGAGACUUCGGAGGCUGCGGUGGAACAGGUUGCAAAGGACCCAGCUUUAACCGAUGAAGGAAACUGUCAAGUAACGAAGGAUCAGAAUAAUCAGCCGAGGAAGGGAGGGAAGAAGAAAAGAACGAAGCUCGACAGAAAGAAAGAGAAGAUGCAACGACGGGCAACUUUCAAGGCUGAGGCUAAGCAAGAAUUGACGGCAGAGAAAAAAGAAAUGGCUGCGAAAAUAUCGGUAGAACGCUUGCUGACGGACGAUGAUUUUAAAAGGAUAGAUAAGGCUUUGGUAAAGCAACAGAUAACGCAUGCCAAGCGUGGUGUAAAGAGGCCUCUCGAGGAAGAUACCAGUCGAGGGGAAUUAGUGAAAUUAGGAGACAUUGAAAAUAUAUUCAAGAAACGAAAACACGACAAGCAAGCUCGGCUGGAGAGUGUCAAGAAAGGACAAGAAGACAGGGAAAAAUUCGGAUACAAAGAUGGGCGUCAAAACCCGCUGUGCAGUAAGACAAAUCGAGAGAAGAGGAAAACUAAAGCUUUCCAGAUGGUAAAGCACAAAAUUAGGAGCAAGGUUAAACGAUCCUUUAAGGAUAAGCAGAUAGCACUUAGGAAUCACCUCAUAAAACAGAGAAGGAUGAAAUAAAUGUAUUUGAUACUGCGUUGCGAAGUCGUUCACUCGUCUUUUUAUGUACACAAUAAAGAAUCGUUAAAAUUAA